GGUUCACGGCACCGGGCGUCACACCGCAGCGGCUGCAGAUUUUCCUCCCGUCAAAUAGAAGAACAGCAGGAGAGAGAGAGAGAGAGAGAGAGGGAGAGAGAGAGAUACGACAGCAGGGCGGACGAGCUCGAAAGCAGAGGAUGGGUUAACUGUACGCUGUAUGAAAAGGGAAGGACGGACAUAUUGAUCUCGUAUUUCCGGGCUGCUGAUGCAGUUCUGCCUCGCGUGCGUACCAUUUGUUGCUGAAAAGACGCUCCUUGGUACAGGAUUAAUGGGAUUAGAAUAAGAGAGCUCUGUGAGUAUUUAUUUCUCUUCCCUCGGCGAUGGAUGACCGGAACUGAAUCAGAGUUGUGCAUGAGUUAGAAGUGAUGAGAGAGAAGGGUGAAGAGUGCCGUGUUGCUGGUGCCGUGUGCGCGCUCGGUUCGGAUCGGUCCGGGUUUGUUUUCCGCUCGUUGUUAUGAUGGAAAGCGCUGAUGGCUCGAGCAGCGACGCCAAACCGCAAAGCCAGCCGCUGGAGAGGAAGAGGUUAAACCGUGCACCGUCUCCAGCCAGACCUUUCCUGAAGGAUGGCCACUCCAGAGCUCCGAAAUCCACCGCGCUCACACCGAAAUCCCCUAAACUCAACAAGCAGCAGCAGCCCGCGGCGUCCUUCAGUCCACACAGCCGCUCUGUGAGACGCGCCGCGACCGGAGCGAAGGACAAACCGGCGCCGGUGAAAAGCGCCGCCAAAUCCUCGGCGACUAAAAAGGCCUCAAAGGUCACGCAGGCGAAACCGGUCGGGAAAGCGGCGGACACCGUCCCACGACUUGCGAAAAGCGGGAAGGGGAAGCUGAUACCGCUCCCGCGCGCUCCUCUCCUGGCCCACGGUUCCGACUCGCCGGUGCGCGUUCCCACGGGGCGCCUUGCUCAGACAGACAGCAGCUCGGACCUGUCCGACUGUCCCUCCGAGCCGCUGUCCGAUGAGCAGCGCCUCGUUCAGGCCGCCAGCAGUGAUGCCGAGUCGGGAGCCGGAUCCGGAUCCAGUGAGCGCGGACACGCUGCUGUGGAUGAAGCCGCUGACUCCGGCGCUGUGGGGGCUUCCGGCGGAGCGCGACUGUACGGCCAGAAACCGGACAUCACAGUGUCUCAGGCACAAGCUUCACCUGCGCGAGAGAAAACCAAACCGGAAAAACAUACCGGGAGCGCGCAGCUCAAACCGGAGGGCGGCAGAGAUCUGGCAGAGGAGGAUUUAUUACGGGAAAUUGAAGAUCUUCGCUCAGAAAACGAUUACCUCAAGGAUGAAGUGGAUGAGUUGCGUGCCGAGAUGGAGGAGAUCAGGGACAGCUACCUGGAAGAGGAGGUGUAUCAGCUGCACGAGCUGCGCAGAGAGCUGGACCGCUCCAACAAGAACUGCCGCAUCCUUCAAUACCGGCUGCGCAAGGCAGAGCAGAAAAGCCUGCGAGUGGCCCAGACUGGCCAUGUGGAUGGAGAACUGCUCCGUAACCUAGAGCAGGACCUCAAGGUGGCCAAAGACGUGUCGGUGCGUCUACACAAUGAGCUGGAGAGCGUGGAGGACAAGCGCACACGGGCAGAGGACGAGAACGAGAUGCUCAGGCAGAAGAUCAUUGAGGUGGAGAUUUCCAAGCAGGCUCUGCACAACGAGUUGGACCGGGCCAAAGAGAUGGCAAUAAGGAGACGAGGGAGCCGGGAAACAUUCAAGGACAAGAAAUCUCUUUCUCAGGAGGACAGUGCUGACCUGCGAUGUCAGCUGCAGUUCUCUAAAGAAGAAUCAGCUCUGAUGCGCAAGAAGAUGGCCAAGCUGGGCCGCGAGAAGGAUGAGCUGGAGCAAGAGCUGCAGAAAUACAAGUCUGUGUACGGGGAUGUUGACAGCCCUUUACCCCUGGCUGAGGUACCGGGUGGUGGGCCACACAGCACACGUGAAGCCGAACUCCGGCUACGCCUCAAGCUUGUAGAGGAGGAGGCCAAUAUCCUGGGCCGAAAGAUCGUGGAGCUUGAAGUGGAGAACCGAGGCUUGCGAGCUGAGAACGAGGACCUGCGUUGCCAGUAUGAGCGUGAUUGCUUUGGCCGUGAACCUUUCUCCAGCGUGCCUUCAUCUCCAUUUGGCGCAGACGCUCCAGAGUCUGCUACUGAGCUGCGACGCCACUUGCAGUUUGUGGAGGAGGAGGCUGAGUUGCUACGGCGCUCCAUUUCCGAGAUUGAGGACCGCAACAAGCAGCUGACCACCGAGCUCAAUCGCUUCAAAUUCGGACCUUCGGAUGGUGAGGCUGAGGAGGUAGAGGGUGGAGGUGCAUUGGCCAUGCUGAAGCCUGGAAACAGUGGUGCAAGCAUGUCAAUGGGUGGCAUAGUGUCACUGCAGGAGGAGCUGAAAUCUGCCCGGAUGCAGAUUAACGAAUUGAGUGGGAAGGUGAUGAAGCUGCAGUACGAGAACCGUGUACUGAUCUCAAACAUGCAGCGCUGCGAUCUAGCUGCACACCUAGGCCUUCAUUCCGCAAGUCCUCGUGAUAGCGAUGCCGAUAGCGACGCUGGCCGCAGGGAUGCUGAGGAGGAUGAGACAGGCCGGCUUUUACUACUCCACCCCAAACGAGAAGGUCCGGUGGGUGGAGAGAGCGACUCUGAGGACUUAUUUGAGAAGACAGCCACCUCAGGUUUUGGGAGCGCUGGGAAGGGGUCAGAUAUGGGCGAGCUUGGAGGGGUAGAGCUCACAAAGCGGAGACGGGAGGAUCGCGAGAUGCUUGGUGGAAUUAAACGGGAGGCUGAGCGGCUGGGAAAGACAGUGGAGAGGCUCAUCUCAGACACAAACAGUCUGAUCUGUGAGGGGCGUGUUGUUGUGACCGGAGCCGACUCUGUGGGUGAAGGCUCUGACUUCAGGGGUGACAGAGACUCGGCUGAACCCAAGCCUGACUCGCAGUCUCAGGUGCUAGAUGCAAUCAAUGCUCGCAUGCGGACAUUCCGGGCAGAGCUUUACGCCUUCAUGGAGAAAGUGGACCACCUGGCCGAAGGUCUGAGGGACCGCAGCGAUGAACUUUCUCCAAUGCCUAAUCUAACCGAGUCGAGCAGCUUUUUGUCAACCGUCACGUCCAUGUCCCGCGACUCGCCUAUUGGAACUCUGGGAAGGGACCUGUCUACAGACUUUCAGUCCGGCCGGAGGCAGGAGGAGUGGUCCCUAGGCCGGCGGAAUGGCCCGGAGGCGCCUGCGCUCAGUAGAUACGGCAGGCCCCACAGUGUCAGAGCCGAGCUCCGGGAGUCUGAAGUGGGCACUCCUGCCAGGGAGGCACCGUUCUGUCUGGAACUCGAGAGGAGGAUGAGAGCAGGACAGGAAGAGAGAGACAACCUACCAUCCUCCAUCACUCAGGAGGAGGAGCUGAGACAUCUGGAAGCACGUCGAGGUCUGGAGCUGCAGGGCCUUCAGACGCAUGAGCCCGCAUGGCCCCAGGAAAGAGCUCUGCUGCAACAGGAAGUGCGUCUGUUCCGUCAGAAUGUCAUCAUCGUCUACAUGAAGCUGCGUUGGAUCCUCAUGCACUGGAGGCUCGGGCGCAGGACAGACGUAGCCGAGGAGGGAGCUGAGGAUGAACGGUUGGAAAGCAUCCCAGAGGUUGGAAUGGUGAGGGAACAUGCCGAGGAAGACACAGAUCGGGAGGACAAAGUGUGUCCCCAGGCCCUGUGGGGAGACAGCCCUGACCCUGGACCACUCUUACUGUCCCCGGAUAAACUCCACUAUCAGAAACAGGCAGGUGACAGUAGACGGGUUCUCCAUGCCCUGCGUUCUCUGCUGGAGGAGUUGAGGGCAGAGCUACGGGAUGAGGCUCAGAGAUGUUGUCAGUUGCAGCAGACGCUGGCCAAUGAGAGAGCAGCAUGGGAGAUACAGCGUGCUGAGAUGAGGAGCCACAUAGCACAGCUGGAGGAGUCGAGAGGAGCAGCGUCAGUAGUAGGGGGAACGGACUCCUUGUGGCAGGAGAGAGAACAGAAGCAGGAGAAGGAGCGUGAGGAGCAGAGGAGGCUUCUGGCCGAUAGUCACAGUGUGGCUCUGGAGUUGCGCUGGAAGCUGCGGCACGGCGAGCGGCGAUGGACCAGAGAGAGGACCGAACUCCUCGAGAGCUUCGAGAGGGAGCGACAGGAGCGAGACCGAAACGUACAAGACCUCCACCACAAGAUGGAGACGAUGCAGCAGGAAAUACCUCUCCGUCACUCUGAAGGAGGGACGCCGCGUGUCUUCUCCCCUCAGGACAGUCCCUGUAAGGCCCCCAGAUCUCCACGCUCCCCUCGUGGAGCUUCAUGUGCAGUGUCUCGUUCCCACUCCGACUCGGAGGCCAUGCUGGAAGAGAGAGUACGACCCAGUGAGAGCCUCUUCUUGGAUGCUCUGUCUCUGGAUCCACCAAACGAGGCCGAGGUUCCUCCUUCAUCCAGGCUAGAAAGUGAGAAGAGGUUCCCCUGUCUCAAUGAAGCACUAAAUGAGAUAUCGCAGAGAGCGGAUCCUGUACUCUAUCCUGAGGAAGAGAUGACCAGUGGCAGCCUGCUCAGGGCAAAAUCAGUCUGCUCUAUGAGUGACUUCCAGCGUUUGAUGGACAGCUCCCCCUUCCUGCCAGACAAGAGCAAGUCAGGUGAAUGUGGGCGUGAUGAGGUGACUCCACCCCUAUCUCCUGAUGACCUCAAAUAUAUUGAGGAGUUUAAUAGCAAGGGCUGGGAUCUCUCCAAAUCCCCACUGUCUUCCUGCCCAAUCCCAGGCCCUGUGCUGCCCCCACAGGUAGUGGAGGCAUGGGUGGAGCGGGCAGAUACCCACAGACCAGUCCCUUCUUCGUCAGACACAUUUCAGCCAGCCGCAUGGUACUUGACCACCAGUGCCACGCUAACCACGAAUACCACAAGCAGCCUGGAGCAAUGCCAGCAUCUGGCUGCAAGAAGCUCCCCAGUGCCUGACCACUUUGGUGUGCGUGUCCUCCACAGCCCCACUAGGGCAGAGAGGUUGAACCUAGGACCAUCAGAUCAGGAGUAUGCAUUAUCCAGAGUGAGCAAAGAAAAUGAAGGGGAGGACAUUUUUGGAGGAAGGUGGCCAUGUGAACUGAGACAUUUGGAAGGUGGUGAGCAUGCAACUCUGUGCACAGCGAUGGGUUACACAUCCUCGCUUGAGUUAGAACUAUCCCGGAAUCUCAGUGAUGACAUGAAGGAAGUGGCAUUUUCUGUCCGCAAUGCAAUCCGCUCCAGCACAGCAGCCGGAAGCAGUCCUGUGGACCGUCAAAUGCGUGAUGCAGCAUGCCAGACCAAUUGCUCAAUGACACGUGGCACGCAAACCGCACAGGGUGUGAAUGUGGCACUGCAAACACUCACCAGCAGUCCUCGCCGCUGCCUCACUCCUGUUUCAUCACCCUCACGUAGCCUCAGGAAGGCACAGUACUCACCUGCCACACAGGCCAAGUUUGAACGGUCAUGUUGUUCACCAAAAUAUGGAUCACCCAAGCUCCAGCGCAAGCCCUCGUGUACCAAUACAGCACAAGGCAAAUCUGAACCCCCUGCCACCACAUCUAGAGCUCCAACGCCCACUUCGCAGUGUCUGAAGGGCAACAGUGAGUCAGCAUGGGCACGUUCCACCACCACCCGAGACAGCCCCGUCCACACCACCAUCAAUGAUGGCCUCUCCAGCCUCUUCAACAUCAUUGACCAUUCCCCAGUGACCUAUGACCCAGCGCAGAAGUUCAACAAGUCACCCAGCCGCUCCAGGCCCAUUGAAAGUGGGUCUGCAGGUGUUUCAGACCCUAAAGCAGGCAAUGGAGGAGCACCACAGGACCUGGCAAGGCCAUCCAGGGGUCGUUCGCCCAGCCCCAUCCAGCUCAUAGUGGAAUUGCAGGGUGAGAAGAACCCAGAAACAAUUAGCAUCAGGCAGGACUUGUCAGCUCCACCGGGUUACACGAUAGCAGAGAAUGCAGCACGGAUAUUGAAUAAGAAACUGUUGGAGCAGGGUUUCAGAGAGGAGAAGAAGCAAGGUUCAGCCACGGCAGCACAGAGCAAAACGGGGGAAGUGGACAAACCUGGAUGUAUUGAGGACCUCCCAAGAUCACCUGUAGCCCCGCCCCUGGACUCCUGUUUCCUGCGACCGGCCCGUCCUGCCAAUCGCCGCCCUCCCUCUCGCUGGGCUGCGCGCUCUCCUUGUUCUUCACCCAACUACAAAGACCACACGGAGGGGUUCCGCUUCCCUUCACCCAUCAGACCUGCUCAAACCAUCCCAGAGACAGAGGAGUCCAGUCAGGAACUACCUCAGCACCCAGCCUGAGGACAUCCUGCACCAGCCAAGCCUGCUCACUGUCCUCUCCUCUCUUCUUCUUCUCCUUCUUCUAUUGUUCUUUCCAUCCUCACCUCUCCUACAAUUACCUCUAGCCUUCAUGAUUGUUCUCUCCAUCUGUCCGGUUAUCCUUUCUCCUUCACCUCUCCCCUUCCCUGUCACAUUCUCUUCCUUUUUCUUCCCAUGCCCUCUAAUAUCUUUUCUUUCUCUCUUCCUAUUUUUCUCCUCACCUCCCUUGUUCUUCUCCUCUCCUAAUUCAUUUUUUAUGUCCUUCUACUUUUCUCCUCUCCUUUCUUCCUUUUCUCCUCUCUCCUACUCAUAAUCCUCCCAUCUUCUUAUUUCCCAGUGUUCCUUUUCCCCUAUCCUCUACCUUGCUUCCUUCUACCUUCGUUCUUUUCUCCUCACCUUCUUUUCUUGCGUCUCUCCUUCUCAUCCUUUCAUCUUUCUUCCUCGUCAUCCUUUAAUGUGUUUUCUUAUACAUAUCCUCUGAGUAUUCUCCUCAUCUUUGUCAUCAUCUCCGCUCAUACUCUACCUCUUCUCCUCUACCUCAUCUUCAUCCUCUACCCCCUCAUCAUUCACUCUCAAUCCUUCUCCUUCUCUUUCUCUUUCCUCUUACCUUUCUUGCACGAUCCUUUCCUUUAAUCUUUCUCAUCUUCCGUCUCUCCUACUUUCUCCUCUCCUCCUCCGUCUCUUCUCCUUUAAUCCAGCCUGACCACACAAGCGCCACCAGAGUGUUGGAACAUUCUAUUACUUCUCACACCCUUCACAUCCUCAACACGGGAUGAGAGAAGGACGCAGUUCCUCGAGCACCAGCCGACAAGCAACAACCUUCUAGUACUUUCUGUGAGAAUUCAAGGACCUCGAAUGUACUGAAGCAAAACACAACCUACUCCAUCAGAGGUGCCUAAACACACUUGAUAUCUCAAUGGUCCCAUAUACGUGUGUCUCUGUGUAUAUGCAAUACGUAUGAAUUUACAUGUGUUGGUCAGAUUAAGAUUGUUUUUCUUAUAUCCUGGGGAAAAAUGGAUAAAUCGAUUUGUCUAAAUGUUUACAUGUUGAUUGAUUUAUUUAUUUAUUUGCUCAUUCAUUUAGGAUAUAUAUGUUAUCUCCUAUGUACAUACUUGAUAGAAUUAUUUUCUUAUUUUUAGCGUGAUAGGUUGGGGUUUUUUCUCUUUUUUUUUCUUUCUUUCUUUUUUUUUUUUUUUUUUGCUUGUGGCUUAAAUGUAUUUCAGUACAAAGAAAAGACAUUUUAUUUAUUUUAUACACGAAAAAAAAGAAAAUGCGACCGAAGAACAGACACCUGAGUCAGGGAAACACGAAAUAUGAUGUCAACAACACUGACGUAUUUAUUACUCCAAAUGUAAAGUUGAAUGUUUAAUGCACCACAACAGGAAGGUAACUGGCAACUGAUUAACCUUAUGCAUAUUUUCCUGCAUAAUUUGAUCUGCAUGCCGUUUUAAACCCUAGCACUUUAGUGCAUGAUAUUAAAUGCUGUUGUACCUUGUGCUAUUUCACUAUAAUAUAAGAGCCCUAUAUACAAACACACACACAAACACACACACACACACACACAAAAACCACUUUCCAUAGUCUGUAAUUUUGUUGCCAUCAAGUUUACACAAGUUAGACCACUUUUUAUGUCGCUUAUUGUACCUAUUCGCCUGUCUUUGUAUAGCUGUUAUUAUUAUAUUUAAAUUCUUUCUUUAAUUUAAAGGAUAAAAAUGGGGUUGUAAAAAAAGAAAAAGAUGAAUGUUUUAAAUUAAGUCAGUGUCUAAAGUCUAAUGAUAUAAAGUCUGUUUAAUUGGUAAUAAAAAUGAAUGUGUAUUUACAGAAA